AUGGUGAAGAGUAUCCAAGACUUCAUCUAUGGCGGCCCGGAGCAGUCGGAGAAGGAGAGGGCUAAGUGCUCUUUCACCGUCGAUGCUCGGAUGCUCCUCAUCGCACUCCUAACUUUCAUGACGUACGUCAUGUAUCACGCCCAGCGCAUCACAUUUUCUGGGGUGGCCUCGUCAAUGAAAGACGAGGCUGGCUUCUCCGCGACGAAGCUGGGUGUCAUGUCCACCGGAUACAUGUUUGCCUAUGCCAUUGGCCAAUUCGUCUGUGGACGAUUUGCAGACUUCGUGCGCCCGAAGCGGGCCUUGGUCUUUGGCAUGCUUUGCUGCGCCAUGCUGCCCGUCAUUGAGGGCUUCAUGGGUGCGAACGGUUGCGUGGGAGAGGGCUUCUGCUACGUCCUCUGGAUUUUUGUGAGGGGUCUCGAGGGCUUUGUUCAAGCUACCGGCUGGACGUGCACGGUCGCCAUCAUGGGAAAUUGGUUCCCUCAGGAAGGCCGGGGUUUUGUGAUGGGGAUCUGGGCCACCAAUUCCAAUGUGGGUGAUAUCUUCGGGCUGCAUCUUACCUCUGCACUUCUUGACAGUACCGCCUGGUACGUGAUCUUGUGGGUUGUGGCGGGGUUCAUGGUAAGCUGGGCAAUCGUCAACAUGCUCUUCCUCCGUGGUGCUCCCCCACCAUUCUCUUUGGACUGGCAGUUCCAGGAAGUCGCCGCCAGCGAGGCGGUCGACCAAGAGACCUCCGGCGAAUCGGCAAGCAUUGGUGAAAUUCUUUGUCUUCCGGGCUUGUUGCAGUAUUCAUUCAGCUACAUGUUUCUCAAGCUCGUGAAUUAUGCUCUCUUCCUGUGGUUGCCCUUCUACCUCAGCGAGGGUAUCGGUGUCGACAAGUCGUUGGCCACCUUGAUGUCCGCCCGGUUCGAUAUGGGUUUCAUCGUCGGCGCAAUUUUGGCAGGCCUGGCGAGUGACAUCACAACCCACUAUGCCGGAAUGCCCAUGAGGAGUCCCAUCGUGAGCUCUUUCUUGUUGAUAUCGCUGCUGCCCAUGGGAAUCCUUCGCUUCUCCACCGACCCCGAUGUCAUCAAAUAUGCCAUCUUCUUUUGUGGCAUCCUUCAAGGAGGGCCUGCAGAUGCACUGACAUCAGCGGUGUCGGUGGACUUGGGCAAGCAUCCGAGCCUGCAAGGGAAGCGCGCCACUUCCACG